ACAACCGGAGGCGUGAAUCAGCUGUACCCAAAACCAGAGAUGGUAAAGUUGCACUUUCGUCUUCCACUUAAAGCAGCUUCCUAAAGUUUUUAACAGUGUUAGCUAAUAUUCCCUGAGGAGGAACCAUCCUCAUGGCUCUCUCCAGUUGCUUGCUUCCCUUCUCUCAAUCAGCUACGGCUCCGUCCCCCUCCGCCUGCUCUUCCAAUCUCGCCGCCUCUUUUUCUAAUUUUCCGGUUUCGUCAAGAGACUAUAGUUUCUCCAGAAACGAAAACCUUGUUCUCAACGGAGGAGGCUCAAAUCUCUGCCGGAGAUUUUGUGGGUUGAAGAAGCUACGGAUACUUAAAAGCCUGAAUGUUAGACAAGGCAGCCACAGUAAACACCGUCCUGUAAACGAGCUUAAAACACGCUCAGAGCUCAGCGAUGAACUAGGGAAAGACUCGAAUACAUCCCCUGAAGAUCCUUCUUUACAACUUGCUGAGCUUCAAAGUGAUCCAAGUUUUACUGAAGAAACUGGAGCUAUAGGAGCUGAUUUGAGUGAUGGUUCUCAAAAAGUUGGAGACUUUCCACUUGUGUUAAAACAAUUCUCGGAUGGUCUUUCAGAUGUUCAAAGAGGUGCCUCGCUUUGCAUUGCUGUUGUAGGAGCUACUGGUGAACUAGCAAGAGGGAAGAUUUUUCCUGCACUGUUUGCAUUGUAUUAUAGCGGUUACCUUCCUGAGGAUGUUGGCAUAUUUGGGUUUUCAAGAAAAAAUCUUACAGAUGAAGACCUUAGAUCCAUCAUCGCGUCAACUCUGACUUGCCGUGUUGAUCAUCAGGAAAAUUGCGGGGAAAAGAUGGAUGCGUUUCUUAGUAGAACAUACUAUAUCAAUGGAGGCCAUGAUAACAAGGAUGGGAUGUCCCGACUUGCCGAGAGAAUGAAACAGAUUGAGGGAGAAUCAAAAGCGAAUAGGAUAUUUUAUCUCUCAGUACCUCAAGAAGCUCUCAUGGAUGUGGCGUGCACCAUUGCGGAUAAAGCUCAAGCACCACGAGGCUGGACUCGUAUAAUAGUUGAGAAGCCUUUUGGUUUUAGCUCACAGUCGUCUCAUCAGCUGACAAAGUCACUUCUCUCUAAGUUUGAAGAGAAGCAAAUCUACAGGAUAGAUCACAUGCUAGGAAGGAACCUCAUUGAAAAUCUGACAGUGCUAAGGUUUUCAAAUCUAGUUUUUGAACCACUAUGGAACAGAACAUACAUACGCAAUAUACAGGUUAUUGUAUCAGAAUCAAUUGCGCAAACAGAAAAGUAUUCUGAUGGAUAUGGAAUCAUACGGGACAUAGUGCACAGUCAUAUACUUCAGACAAUCGCAUUACUUACCAUGGAACCUCCAAUAAGUCUCGAUGGUGAAGAUAUCCGGAAUGAAAAGGUGAAGGUUUUGAGAUCAAUUCGCAAACUAAAUCCGCGUGAUGUCAUCCUUGGCCAGUAUAAAUCUAGCUCUCAAGACAAGAACGGUGUGAUCUUGAACGGUGUAGACCCUACAUAUUGCGCUGCAGCCUUGUAUAUUGAUAAUGCACGUUGGGAUGGUGUACCUUUCUUGGUAAGAGUUGGCACAGGCCUCAUUAAACACAGAGUGGAGAUUCGUGUGCAAUUCCGGCAUGUUCCCGGAAACCUUUACCGAGAAAAUAUUGGAAUAAACAUAGAUUUGGGGACAAAUGAGCUUAUUCUGCGUGACGAACCUGAUGAGGCCAUCCUGGUGAAAAUUAACAACAAGGUUCCUGGUUUAGGUCUUCAGCUAGAUGCUUCUGAACUGAACCUGCUCUAUAAAGACAGGUAUAAAACCGAAGUACCAGACUCAUAUGAACACCUGAUUCAUGAUGUAAUUGAUGGAGACAAUCAUCUGUUCAUGAGAAGCGAUGAGGUUGCAGCAGCAUGGGACAUUCUGAGUCCGGUCCUAGAAGAAAUAGACAAGCACCACACAGCUCCGGAGUUAUAUGAAUUUGGUGGCCGGGGACCAGUUGGAGCAUACUAUCUAUGGGCCAAGCACGGCGUCCCAUGGGCAGAUGACUGAAGGAGAAAUAUAGGCACAUCAACUAACAGAGGUUUACAAAACAAAUGAGAAUGAUUCUGAAUCCAGGCAAUCCAGAUUGUUCAGUAUGGUUAUUGUGAAGUGGUUAGUUUAGUUUGAAGCUGAACCAUUCCCUGUAGACUGUACACAUGUAUGACACAUGUUGUUAUUUGAAUGUCCAUCAUGGUGGGGUCCAUAUUAGUGUUGAAAAAUCUCCAAAGCCACCCAAAGAAAAGAAGAAAGUAUGAGAGACUUUUAGAUAAGGUUAUGUUGUUGGUCUUCCCACUAGAGGCAAUAAUUAUAUCUCCUCCACCAUUUCCUGCAGAAAUUCUUGAAGAUCUAUAUCAUGUGUUGAUGAUAUAGAAAAUAUAAAAGGAACAGAGAGUGGCUCAAUGGAUAGAGACGGGAAGAAAGUGAAAAUGAAGAAGGAAGAAGACGAAGAAGAAAAGAUGGAAAAGUUGUACACAUUUCUUAAAAACGCAAAAGAAAUGCGGAAAUACGUGAUCAGCUCCAUUGAGAAGACGAGACAGGAAGAAGAAAGAGCGAGGGUUUGUAGAUUCCCUUCGUUUCAGCCUGAGGAUUUCAUUUUCAUGAAUGGAGCAGAGGCCAACAACAAAGAAAAGGCAGCUGAUACGAGCUCUUCAGCAUCCAACGAAUACGGCUCUAAGGAAAAGCAACACGGAUCAGAGACUGACGUUUGUUUAGACUUAAAUCUUUCUCUGUAGUACACAAGAGACAGAGAGCUCUUCAGUUUCUGUACAAGCAACAAAGAAUAUUAAUAACUAUUAUGUACCAAAAACAAAUUUGCCAUUGGA